AUGGAAUACGCCAAACAGAUAGUCACUCCCGAAACCAACAGGCUCUGCUGCACCAAGAAGUUCGUGACCAGUUGGUUUGAGGGCUACAGCGACUUGGCUGCAGACUCCAAGAAAGGCACGGUGCAGUGGAAGGACGAGAAGAAGCGAGGAGGGGAAGAUGCCCUGGCUGUUCUGGAGGAAGCCUACACCAGCAUCCUGAAGGGGUUAGGGGAGGACCCAGAGAGGCAGGGACUGCUAAAGACUCCCACAAGAGCCGCUAGAGCAAUGCAGUUCUUCACCAAAGGUUACCAAGAAAACAUUCCCGACAUUCUGAAUGAUGCUAUCUUUGAUGAGGACCACGAUGAAGUAGUUAUUGUGAAAGAUAUCGAUAUGUUCUCACUUUGCGAACAUCAUUUAGUUCCAUUUUUUGGAAAGGUACACAUAGGUUACUUACCGAAUAAGAGAGUGGUUGGACUAAGCAAACUGGCAAGGAUUGUUGAAAUCUACAGUAGAAGACUUCAAGUUCAAGAACGACUUACCAAGCAAAUUGCAGUUGCAGUUACAGAGGCUUUGAAACCAGCUGGAGUAGCUGUUAUCAUAGAAGCAACGCACAUGUGCAUGGUGAUGCGAGGUGUGCAGAAAAUUAAUAGCAAGACGAUGACCAGCACGAUGCUUGGAGUUUUCCGUGAGGACCAAAAGACACGGGAAGAAUUUCUCACACUGACAAAGGAGUAGAAGAACCAUUCCAAUUCUAUCUCUUGCUACAACUUUAAGAAAGUCUGCUGACCUGCCAUGAGAAGUGGAUUAUAAUGAAGCAAUAACUUCUGUUUGGCUGAAGGUUUUAAAAAAAAAUGUUGAAUUGUGUACAUUACUAAUGCAGAAUAUUCCAAACAGCACACUUAUUUCAAGCAGGGACCAAGAUACUCCCAGGAUACUGCGGGAAAACAAUGUUUUGGUGUU